ACUGUUCUGCAAACAACAUAACAAAAUGAUAACCACACAGCUACACUCGCAUGAAUUUCUUCUAUACCAUCAAAUGUAACGGUAAAGAAAUCGUUAAAUAGAGUCUGUCUUUGUCCCUUUUCUGCAAAUUAAAGCAUACACACACAUGGUGGGUAGUAGCAGAUGGAUUAAUUGUUGUGCAUGGUGGGGUUCAGAAGCAUCUUCAACAAUGAGGAUCUUCUUGUUCAUGGUGCCUCUCUUAGUGCUUGCGGGCUUUGCUUCUAUAAAGGGUUCAAGCGUUUACAACGGAAGAGAUUCUAUUGCAAAACGUUAUGCCUUGUCGAGCUCUCUAAUAACUCGUUCAAAUUUCUCUUCACAAACAUUUCUUCCUCCUCCAAAUUCCUCUUUACAAACAAUUUAUCCUUCUUCAAAUUCCUCUUUACAAACGCUUCAUCAAUCUAAUGAAACUGAAGUUAAUGUCUCCAUACCCAAGUCCAAUUCAGCUCCUGCAAAUGAAUCUGAUGAAUCUCACCCAAGAGAGAAGCAGAAAAGAAAACCCAGUUUCUUAGAUAGAACUGAAGUUGUUCUAGCACAAGCUCGAGCUACAAUCAGAGAAGCCAAAAAUUGGAAUCUUACACAAGAUUCAGAUUAUGUUCCAAUAGGUCCGAUGUAUUGGAAUGCUAAGGAAUUUCACAGGAGCUACUUAGAAAUGGAGAAACAAUUCAAAGUAUUUGUCUAUGAAGAGGGGGAGCUUCCAGUUUUCCAUGAUGGACCAUGCAGCAGCAUAUACUCCACAGAGGGGAGCUUCAUCCAUGCUAUUGAAAUGAAUGAGCAUUUUCGAACAAGAGAUCCCAAGAAAGCAAAUGUGUUUUUCCUUCCUUUUAGCAUAGCAUGGAUGGUUCGAUAUGUGUACAUAAGGAAUUCAUACGAUUUUGGCCCCAUAAAAAGAACUGUCAGGGACUAUGUCAAUGUCAUUGCUACAAGAUACCCCUAUUGGAAUCGAAGCCUCGGAGCUGAUCACUUCAUGCUCUCUUGCCAUGAUUGGGGGCCAGAGACUUCAAAAUCCAUACCUUACUUGCGUAAGAACUCUAUUCGUGUACUUUGCAAUGCCAACACCUCUGAAGGAUUCGACCCUAUAAAGGAUGCUUCAUUUCCUGAAAUUAAUCUCCAACCUGGUUUAAAAGAUAGCUUCAUUGGUGGACCGCCUGCAUCUAAACGUUCAAUUUUGGCCUUCUUUGCUGGGGGGAAUCAUGGCCCCAUUAGGCCAAUUCUUCUUGAGCAUUGGGAAAACAAGGAUGAAGAUAUUCAAGUUCACAAGUACCUCCCAAAGGGUGUUUCUUACUAUGGCAUGCUGAGGAAUAGCAAGUUUUGCCUUUGUCCUAGUGGGUAUGAGGUGGCUAGCCCUAGAGUGGUGGAGGCAAUUUACACAGGGUGUGUUCCUGUGCUCAUUUCGGAGCACUAUGUUCCUCCUUUUAGUGACGUUUUGAAUUGGAAGAUGUUUUCAGUUAAUGUUUCAGUGAAAGAAAUUCCCAACUUGAAGGACAUUUUGACGAGUAUUUCUCCAAGGCAGUAUAUAAGAAUGCAAAAAAGAGUGGGACAAAUUCGGAGACACUUUGAGGUACAUUCUCCACCCAAGCGAUACGAUGUGUUUCAUAUGAUACUUCAUUCUGUGUGGCUUAGGAGACUCAACUUCAGAGUCCAUGAUGAUAUCAAUGAUUUUUUAAGUGGCAAUAAUUGAUAAAUUACUUCAUACGGAUUCUCUUUGGCAAUAUUGUAAAAUCCAUAGGCAAGAAAAAUACAACUAUUUAAAUUUAGGUGUGAUCUUUUUACAUUUAUCCUACAUUUUUUUAUCACAUCAUAUGCAUAUUAUUUCUUUUUUCGUUUCA